GGGCGCUGAGGGGAGCGGGGAGGCGGCGGGGCCGGGCCGGGUGAGGUUAGGCCGGGCCUGGCAAGGCCGGGCCGGGCCGGGCCGAGGCGAGCGGGGGCCUCCGCUGUCCGCUCCGCAGCGCCUCCCGGCUGGGCCCCUGGGGAUGGAGCCGGCGGGCCCGGCGCAGCGCGGCGGCCGCAGGCAGCUCAGGGUUUUAAUGGGCUAGUCCUUCAGAGGGUAGUGGUUCUUUCCUUUGGAGCGAAUGGCAUCCUUCAGCAGUGACGAUGCGCUUCAAGAUUCGGCAGCCCUCUCCCUAAACGAUUUAGAAAGCCUGCACAACUUCCGCAGCCGGUCUGCGAGCUUCAGCAGCACAGGGUCCAGCGGCCGCUUGCAGCUCCGGCAGCGAGUAGCCCAGCUCAUGGCUUGUGUGGAGGACAUCAGCUCGGAUGAUGAAAUUCAUGAAGUGUCUCGCACUCUAGAUGAAGCUUUCCUGAUCUGGGGGAAAAAGCUGAAGGAUAAGUGGAAUGAAUUCAGAUUACACCUCGUUACCUGGAACGUGGGCACAGCUUCUCCGCCUCCUGAUGUCACUAGUUUACUUCAGCUCGAUUCACUGGGCCCAGCUAUGGAUAUGUAUGUUAUAGGCUUGCAGGAGGUGAACUCAAGAAUCACAAAUUUUCUGUCUGACUUGGCAUUUGAUGAUCCGUGGAGCAUUUUUCUCAUGACUGUAUUGUCUCCAUUGGGAUAUAUCAAGCUCUCCUCCGUUCGCAUGCAGGGAUUACUGCUGCUGAUCUUCGUGAAGCACGUCCACCUUCCUUUCAUACGGGACGUUCACACCCACUACACGCGCACGGGCCUGUACGGAUACUGGGGGAACAAAGGAGGCGUCACCAUCCGGAUGUCCCUCUAUGGUCAUACAGUUUGUUUCAUGAACUGCCACUUGCCAGCUCACAUGGAGAACACAGAGCAGCGCCUGGAUGACUUUGAGAAAAUUCUGGAAAUGCAGUUUGAAGGAGAGAAUAUUCCAAGUACUUUGGAUCAUGAUGUUCUCUUCUGUUUUGGAGAUCUAAACUUCCGGAUAGCAGAUUAUGGCAUACAUUUUGUCCGAGAAUCAAUAAAUAACAAGCGUUACAACCUGCUGUGGGACAAGGACCAGUUAAAUAUGGCAAAAAAGAAGGAAGCAUUUCUUCAGGAAUUCAUAGAGGGUCCUCUGCAGUUUAAACCCACCUACAAGUUUGACCUGUACUCGGAUGUAUACGAUACAAGAGAGCAGAAGUCCCUGUUUUGGUUUAAUGAGAAGAAAAGAAAGCCAGCGUGGACUGAUAGAAUUCUUUGGAGAGUGAAAAAUCUCUGCCAGCACACGUCAAAAGAAGGCGAAUUCUCUGAAGAAGAACAGACAAUUUCUGUUACUUUGAACAACUAUAUCAGUCACAUGAGCUAUGGCAUCAGCGAUCACAAACCUGUUACAGGAACUUUUGGGCUUGAGUUGAAGCCUCUCCUAACAGAUCCUUUGGUCACGCUGAAUGCUGAGGGUGAGUGGAGCGCGGAACAUGAUGUUGUCAUCAGCUAUUCUGCAGUGCCUGAAUUCCCAAGCAGUGCUUGGGACUGGAUUGGACUCUUCAAGGUGGCUUUCAGGCAUGUGAACGACUGUGUUACGUAUACUUGGGUAGAAGAUGAUGAAAUUUCUUCUAACGAAGACAGUAAACAAGUUUACAUGAGUGCUGCAGAAAUACCUGAUAUGGGAGGAGAAUUUUUGCUUUGUUACUAUAGCAAUAAUUUGCGGUCAAUUGUUGGUAUCAGCCAGCCUUUUCAGAUUCAGCCUAACAGAACAUUAAUAGAAAAGGAUCUGACACAGGAGGAGAGCGGCUGGAUGCAGAAGCCUGACAAUCUGGAGUCCCAUGACGAGUUCUGAAGGCAGAAAGAGCAUUUAGUGGUCCUGAUUCAGGAGUCAGAUGAUUCUUUAUGUCUUAGUGAUUAUAAGCUUUUACUCUUAGAAGAUGGAGUAAGACAGGUAGGAUUGUUCAGAACUUUGUCAGCUCGUAGAAGAUAAUUUAUUAUGGAAGCAGAUAUUUUUAUUGUUACGGGGAGAGUAACCCACUUGCACUGGAUGAGAACUGUAAAAAUAGCACCUAAUGAAUGCUGUAUGUUUUAAGGUGAUGGAUGUUUCUAAUAUGAUGAUUUAACCUAAGAAAGUUGUGGUCUGUAAUAGAUUUUUAGGCUCGCUCCUUUGUGCUAGAGGAUAUUUUAUUUACGAUACAAUAUUUACUAUGCUAUAACCACUUAAUCAUCGAUUUCCAAAUUUUGACUUUAAAUGAAAUUAUUUAAAAAUUAUUUAUUAGAUACAUCUAGUUAGCUUGUUUUAAAAUUUUAUUUGACUUUCAAAUGUAAGCUAAUUACCUUUUGGGAAACACGUGUGGCAACAAGUCACAUGAAAACAAAUCUUUGGAGUGUGUAAAUUCUCCUUUGGUCGUAGAUCCCUUUUCCUCAGGCCUUACUGGUGACUGUCUGGAGGAUUUUCCAUUUCUCAUUUUCCCAGAUUGAGAUACAUUUAUCAAAACAUUUUUUUUUAAUUAUUGUUGUUAUUCUUUUAUAAAACAACUUUGCCUAUUGCAUUUCUCUUGAUUUGAAGUAAAACUACUUCUACACUGGUCCCUGACUCAGAGUUAACCAGGAUCCCACAGUUUCUGAGAGAAAUUGCUUAAGUUGGGAAAUGCUUUAGCACACGUGAGCAGACCGGAGUUAGUGAAGCACCUGUUGGCGAAGAGCUAAUGAUCGUGGUGCUAACCCCGAUGGCUUUCUGCUGUCAUACUGAAUUUAGAAAGCUAAAGCCAUGCUCUAAGUACUUCCUGGUACCAUCCUGCCACAUAAUUGCUACAUGUACAACGGAGAUGAUGGGAAUUAUAAAUGGGGAAUUUCAGUGGAAGAAGUUCUUUCUUGUGGCACAAUCUGUGCUGCCCAAAUGGAAAAUCUCUUGAAUUCACAGCAGUCGGUCUGCAAAAUUUCUGUUUUUCUAGAGGUGCUUAGGCCUCAAUGUGUCUGUGCACUUGAGGGCCGAGACGGAAUAAGAAACAUCACGUACCUUAAAAACCUGAAAGGUAGUUAGCUUCAGAAAUGGUUUUGUUUCUUGAUGAGGAAAUGGAGAUGUUUGGAAAGGAUUGGGAGAGGCACCAACAUGCCACAGAAUCUCAGACUGCAGUGCUGGAAAAGAGCACUUGAGUCUCCCGUGCCCAGGCGCACAGCUUCGAGCUCCCUACUGUCUCUGGUAAGUAAAGUUAGUUACUAAGCGCUGUCAUGUUGGUUAUGGAUGGAAAAGAGAAAAUCUGGUUCAAGCGGAAGAGCAAAGCGAAGGAUGUUGGUGUGUUUAUGCUGGAAUGUUGCUUUGGAACCGAAUGGAUUCCUUUUUGGUUUUUCUCAAAGCCUUAGUUUUUUCAGGAUUCUUCUGAGAUAGCGUUAACACCUUGAUAGGACAUUUGUUUUGCAGUUACUUGCUUCUAUUAUUCACUGUAUAAAACCUCCUGGGGUCUGGGCGUCUUCGUACACUGUGGAAGAUAGAGCAUAGGUUAAACAGUUGCAGGAUGGGGUUUAAGAACACCUGGCCUCUGUAAAUUUUAUUUAGUUGUAUCUCAGCUUAAUGCUUGGUGUUGGGAACUGUUUCCAGCUGUGAGUAGUGGCGGCAGGUUCAGAGGAUGCUGUGUUCGUUGCAUGGAUUUAAACUGCCUUGAGGUUUGCAGUUUGUACAUUCCUGUUAUGCUUUGGAACAAAAUCAGAAAGUUUUCACAUUUGUACCGGUCUUACAAGAAUUUGUUUUGCACUAAAUCUUUGACACGUGACUUCUCAUGGCAAUUAGGGCACCAGACAAAUCCCUGCCGAUUGCAAAGAGCUUGCCGUUCUUGAGCUGUGCUCGGUUGCUGAUUUUACUUGUGUAACUGUAUUCCCGUACUCCGUGCGAGGAGAUUCUGUGGAGAGCUCAAGGAACAGUGGUCUGUGGAUUCCAGACCACAGCUGGCGAUUUAUUGUGGACCAAGAUCUAAUUUCUUCUCAUCAGGGUGCAUCUGCUGUUCAUGAGCAGCUCGGAGGGGGAGCCAUACAGCCGCUUUACGUGGGCAAGAAACAAGAUCCCUGAUGCCGUGCGAGAGCGGAUAGCCCUCUCGAUCACUGGACGUAGAAGCUGCGUUCUGUAGACUAAUCCUUUGAACCACAGGACUUCCCUGAAAAGGCCCACGGCAGCUGUGAUUGAAUCCGCUUGUGUUAGGAGGAUGCUGCACAGAACUGUGUACUUCUUUCCUGAGUAUUAUGCACACAGUAGCACUUUUGUUCACUACUGUUACCUAUGGUAGCUUUUCAAACUAUUCCAUGACCUGUAAUGAUGCAAUUUCUGAUGAAAUUUAUCUUUCUUAAAACACCUUUAAUUGGAUGUUAUAGUCACUGGAAAUGUUUUUAUACUCAUGUGUUUUCUUUUCAUGUACCACUAAAAUAAAUCCUGGCAGUGAAGUGUUUUA